UGGGUCGAGUAUAAAUUAGAAAACACAGCAGCGGAGACGUAGUUUUCAAACGCAAACGUUUUGCCGAAACUUUGGAAGAAAGGUGCUGUUUUGGUGAGUGGUAUACCUUGAUUUGAUCAGACAAACACGGAUAUGUCUGGAAGUGAAGAGAAGAUUACGUUAGCAGUAAAAAAAUUACGAGAGACCUACAGAACUGGAAGGACAAAAGAUGUGGAAUUUAGAAGAGAGCAGCUGAGGAACCUCCUCAGACUUAUGGAUGAGAAUGAAGAGGAAAUUUUGGAAGCUGUUCACAAGGACUUGCACAAGCCAAGAACAGAGGCUACCCUUGCAGAGAUUUUGGUGGUGAAGAAUGACAUUGCUUAUGCAUUGAAUCACUUAUCAGAGUGGACUAAACCAGAACCACUUGACGUUCCUUUAGUGAACAAAAUGGAUUCUUGUUUUACUGUUAGUGAGCCAUUGGGGCUGGCAUUAGUCAUUGGAGCUUGGAAUUACCCAAUACAGCUCACUAUCAUGCCCCUCAUUGGAGCCAUUGCUGCUGGAAACUGUGCAGUCAUCAAACCAUCUGAAAUUGCAGAAGCAUCAGCAGAGCUUGUUGGAAAACUUAUUCCACAAUACCUAGACCAGGAGUGCUUCACUGUUAUCCAUGGAGGAGUAGAAGAAACACAGUGUUUGCUGAACAAAUGCAAGUUUGACAAGAUAUUUUACACAGGUGGAAGUGCUGUGGGAAAGUUGGUCAUGCAAGCUGCUGCAAAGAACUUGGCAAGAGUUACUCUUGAACUGGGUGGGAAAAGCCCAUGCUAUGUUGACAAAGACAGUGACCUUGAGAUUGCUGUCAAAAGAAUAUGCUGGGGAAAGUUUGCAAAUGCUGGACAGACAUGUGUAGCCCCAGACUAUAUUCUGUGUCACCCAGACAUCCAAGAAGCACUUGUUAAACAAUUCAAAGAAGCACUGUUUGAGUUCUAUGGAGAGGAUCCAAAAGAAUCACCUGACUAUGCAAGGAUUGUGAAUAACAGGCACUUCAAUCGUUUAAAGAGCUUGUUGAGCAGUGGCGAAUGUGCAGUUGGAGGUGAGACGGACGAGAGUGAAAACUAUAUCUCACCAACUGUAAUGAUUGGUGUGAAACCAACAGACCCAAUCAUGGAAAAUGAGGUGUUUGGUCCGCUGUUGCCCAUAGUUAAUGUAGAAUCUUUUGACGACGCCAUAGAAUUCAUAAAUGACAGAGACAGGCCGUUGGCCCUGUACAUCUUCGCUAAUGACAAGUCCAAGAUUCAGCGCUUCAUGGACAGUACAUCCUCGGGAGGAUUUCUUGCGAAUGAUACAGUGGUACAUGCUGGUGUUGAAUCGCUUCCAUUUGGCGGUGUUGGCGAGAGUGGAAUGGGAAACUAUCAUGGCAAGAAUUCGUUUGAUUCGUUUUCGCACAAGAAGGGCUGUGUCAUCAAGAAACAGGCCAUGGAGUCGUUUAAUAGCAUCCGUUACCCGCCAUACGAAGAAAAACGUCUUGCAUGGAUUCGUUGGCUGAUUGAAGCUAAGGAACAGUCGUACGAAAAGCUGUCGGACAUAGCGCCUCUCUUGCUUUCCGUUCCACUCGCUAUGAUUCACAAGGUCAUUGGACUACCGAGAUAUUUCUUGAAGUAGACGACUUUUGAAGAAUUCAAUGUCUCAUUAUCAUUUUGUUUGUUUGUAGUUGAGGACAUAUAGUAACUUCCUUAGCAGUGUGAAAAAAUAAUUAUAACCAAAAACGAAAAUGGACAUUUUCUUUGAUGAGCUGUUUCCCUAAUUUCCUCCUGCAGGCAGGAAAUAGGAACGUGGAAUGUGGCAAGCUGAGAAAUAUGAAAUUAUGUGUAUCAGUGGUGAGGAAAAUAAUAAAUCAAUUCAUUCCUGUCCUGUAGCUAAGUUCACAGGUAUAAGCUUUGUGAAAGUGAAGGGCCUUUGUCCCCACUACCCACUCCUCGCCGGGGGGCCAUGAAGUCACAGAAAGUGGCAGAAGACAUUAAAACGAAUACAACAUAUACGGCACUCGAGAGUUUCAUAUUGUGUUAAAAACGCAGAUGGCUAUCUUUCCUUGCUCAAAAUAUACAAGUUAUUCUUGAUUCUUACAUUUGAUAAAGCGAAAUAUUUUUGCUACAUAACAAAUAAAUUAUUGACUAAGCUCGGUUCUUCGGUCAAGAUGGCUAGAUAUAGACAAAAAGGGACUUGGCCCACAUCCAGCCAUCUCGACCUCACGCUUGGUCAAUAACGCAUAAGUACUGAGUUUUGCGAGUGUUAUCCUGUCAUCGUGCAAUAAGGAGUUAUUAAAGAUGUUGAUUAUUCCUGUCGUAA